AUGGAGCCAACGCUCCAUCGUGCGGCCCAGAGCCUCUGCACGCGCUGUCCGAUGUCCGCGCAAAGGCAGCUGGCCUUGAGGCAGCUCGCGUCCAUCCGAACCGCGACCCCCGUGCGAAGAAUAUCCAGAACGGCCACCCUCGAACACAAGAACGAUCCUUGCACAGGACAUGGCGCCAGACUCUUUGGAUCGUCAGCUAAGGACCAAUUGAGUGCGUCUGCUUCCCGACAGACCAACACGGAUGCCCCGGCUACCUCGGUCAAACUCAGCCAAGACAAUCUCUUCCACUCCUUUACCAACUCGCCUGUUCCCGAAUUCCGCCGCCGCGCAGCUUUUAUGAAGCAGCAUGCAUACUGCCCGCAUCCCGAUCAUAAGCCUACGAAGUUGCCAACUGUGGCUGGCAAAGGCGAAGAACCUACAGAGCCGACGGGCGAGAUGGCGCCGGCCCACGUCGGAUUCGAGUGCCCUGACUGCGGUGUACCCGUGUACUGCUGCAAGGAGCACUGGAUGGACCACUACGAAAAGCAUCUGGAAGUGUGUGAUACCCUUCGUCAAAUCAAUGAGGACGAUCACGAUCUCCGAUCCGGCCGCGUCUUCCACGAGGCCAACCUUCCGGAUCUGCAGCUUGACGAUGCUGCUAUCAACAUGACAAACUGGGAUACCUUUAUGUACACAAGAGAGUUCGAAGCUGUUGACUCGGACCGUGGCAUGCGUCAGAUUACCCGCCUAUUGACGUAUCCCGUCACCAUUGGUAGCGUUUUGCAUGAGCUUAGUCCCUACGGCAUGCAAAAGAAUGGACGAUUGACCACUGAGGGUCUGAAGAGUUUCAGCGCUCUUCGAUACAACUUGCACCCCGGCAAGUCUGGACGUGGCGCCAGUAUCCAGCAGCUGCGACCUGAGCCUCCACCCGUGCGAAUCUUUAUUCUCGGAGCCCGAGCCGAAUCGUCUCUCCCUCGCUCGACAUGGGUACAGCUUGCCCAUCUCUUCCCUGAGGCUCGCCUGCACCUCAUCUUCAUCGGACCGGAGAGCAUGGCGAACCGUGACGACGAGUUCCCGCUUCCUGAGCGAACACCGUCGAACCCGUUCGGCGCUGUCGUCGAGGAUCGCGUGUGGUACAAGAUGAAGAUUAGCACCAUUGUGGACUACUUCCACACAGUUCACAACACUGGCUACUUUGCGCCGUACGAUCCUUAUUUCGACUGCUUUAUGCUCUUCCACCCUGGCCUGGGUCACCCUGCUAGCAGUCACGAGUGGGAUGAGACGCUGCCUUUGCUUCUUGAGACAAAGCUGCCCAUCAUCAGCACAGGAUACACGCAGUUCGAUAUGGAGCGUGAUGUGGAAUGGGUGCAGCAAAAGUCUGGUGGCGAAUUUGACAUGUUGCUCAAGCCUGGCGAGAACACCUUCCGCAGCUUAAGAUGGGACCUGAACGAUGCUGAUCCCCAAGACAUUACAUGCGGCAACUGGGGUGUUUGGGCGUUCCGAGGAAAACGCUACGAGACGACUACCAAAGGCGACGAGUAA